UAGUCAAAUGUUUAUUUGUUUAGACAAAUUAGUGUAAAUUGGAGAUAAGAGAAAAAAAGAAUGAGUGGCAACAUUCAUGGCUUAAGUUGGUUUCCUAAUAUACCCGACAAAUUUGUUACAUGGGGCCAGGAAAUCAAUUUGUAUGAAGUGCGCAAAGGCGAGACUGACAUAAAAGCUCGGCUUCCUAAUAUAUCCGCAAAUUUUAAGGCUAUUGAAAACCGUUACCAAUAUGCUAGAUGUGUUCAACCAUCGUACCACAAGGACAGGCCAACUAUUGCCGUUGGCUUGGGUGAUGGCAAAAUAGGCAUAUGCAACUUUCACGAUGUGGCGGACAAUAGCUGGGAAUACACUCCACGACAACAGCGAAUGUGCCUGUGCUUGGCAUGGAAUGAAACGAACCCUAAUAUAUUGGCUAUUGGACAUGAUCGUUAUCGUUCCGAUUCUUGCAUUACAAUAUGGGAUAUAGAAAGAGGUUUGCCAAAAGAGAGUGGUUCAAGUUUCUUCGGUGUAUCGGAGUCUGCACACUCAUUAUGCUGGGAUAAAAAUCAUCACGUCCUUAUUGCAGGAAUGAAUCAAAAACAUAUUAAACUUUUCGAUCUAAGACAAAGUACUGCAACCUGCCAGUCUAUACAAACUAAAACCGUUUAUGGAUUGGGAGUGGCGCCAAAUGGAAACUACCUUUGUAGUUUUUUCGAUUCUGUCAUUAUGCUGUGGGACUUAAGGUCUAUUGAUGCUUCCAUAAAGCAAAUUCAAUCGGCCAAAAAUCAUUUGCAGAUAAGUUGGUGUCCAACUCGAUCCAGCCUUCUGUCAUCUUUGCAACGCGAGUCCCCCUACAUCUCAUUAUAUGACAUACGCUGUGUGGAUGUGGAAAAAACUCGGGAAGUUUAUAGUGUUAAGAAGCAGCUACUGCCAUUCCAUACCAAACAUCACGCGUCACACAAAGGCUAUACGCUAACCGCCUUGUCAUGGCACAACAUUGAUUUCGAAAGAGCUUUGCUACUUUCCGAGACAGGCAGUAUCAUGGAUUUCCGUUUACCCCUGUCCAUACUGACGGCCUACAGUAAUCACAAAAAGUUGCCUCUUUUGCUGCAGCGCCCACUCUCUGCUGCCAAUACACCAGUCCAUAGCAGCGAAACUAGCCAAACUAGCACAUCGGAACUGGCCAAUGCAAAUUCCUCAUUAAAUUUUCAGGUUAUCGAUGACAAGCUUUUGGAAGAGGAUCUUGUCGAUGAGACUAGGGAACGUGCCUUGAGUGAUUAUGGUUUGAAAAUGGAUGGCAAACGUUUAAGCGGAGAGUUUCAUUUGACUCCGUACUUGAAAACGGUUUGGCUAAGUUUGGCCAACCUGUAUCGCAGCGAAGAAAAAUUGAUCGGAUUGAAAAGUGUAUUGGGCAUUGGCUUAAGCCACACAUCGACAGCAUUUAUGAAUACAUCCAGAAUUGAGUCGCAUGUUUUACAGUGGCCAGAUUUCAUAAACAACUCUAAUAACUUAGUCUGCUACAGAAGUGAUCAACGUGACACAGCUUUAAAGUUAUGUGGUUGGGCUUCAGAGCAAGAAUUGGAGCGAUUCAUAAACACUUUGUGUGAAAAUAAGGAAUUUAGCCGCGCUGCAAUGAUUUAUGUUUUUCACCUGAAAGUUCUUGCAGCUUGUGAUAUUUUGUCCAAAGCAGUGGAUCAAUCGAGAGACCCAAGCAUGUUUCGCAUUGCAGCUAUAGCUCUUUCCAGUUUCAACGCUGACCGUACAAGUACUGCCUGGCGAAAUCAAAGAUCACUGGCAAAUAUGCAAAUACAGGAUCCGCAUUUGAGGGCAAUAUUUUCAUUCCUGAUAGCUGAUAACGAUAAUUUUGACUCUGUGUUGACUGAAGAGGGCAUAUCUUUGGCUGAUCGCAUGGGAUUUGCCUGCAAAUACUUGUCUGAAUCGAAGCUUUCGGAAUAUGUCAAGUUGCAGAUACAAAAGUCUGCGGAAAAGGGAGAUCUGAAUGGGCUUUUGCUUACUGGAGAAUCUCAUGACGGUAUCAAUAUAUUACAGGCGUAUAUGGACUCCACAUUUGACAUACAAACUGUGGCCCUUAUUGCUAUAAACUAUUUUCAUCGGGAACUAUUUAACGAUAUUCGCAUCCAGUAUUGGAUCAACAGCUACAUGGAUUGUCUUAAUUCCUGGGGCUUCUGGGAGAAACGCGCCGAAUUGGAAAUCAAAAUAGCAAAUUUACGUUCGGCUAUUCGAAGCCCACGUACUGUUUACUUGUCUUGCAACUUUUGUGGCAAGUCCGUUUCAAAUGCUUUGCAGGAAGACGCUCGCAUGCGAAAUGUGUCUUCGAAUAUCAAUAAGCUAUCAUCCUGUCCCAGUUGUCGCAAGCCACUGCCGCGUUGUUCCUUGUGUCUAUUACAUAUGGGAACAACACUUAACGCCUAUCCAGCUGGUGAAGGAGGCCACGAAAGUUUAGGUUGGCAAUCCAAACCAUUCUCCAAAUGGUUUUCUUGGUGUCAAACGUGUCGCCACGGCGGCCAUACCGAGCAUCUCAUGCAGUGGUUCAAACAAUACGCUGAGUGUCCAGUGUCUUCGUGCUCUUGCCGUUGCUUCGACAUGGACGUCACAAAUCCAGAAGCGGCUAGAGAUCUCUCUUAAGGCUACUUUAAACUGAAAGACUUUUUAUAUGAAGUAUGGGGAAUUUUCCGGUACAUAUUCGGUAUAUAUCAGAUUAUUUUUUUGCAAUUGGAACUUGGUUCCACUUUAUCCUGUUGAUGAUAAGAAAAGACUUUUCCUAUAUUUUAAAGUUUUCAUCUAGUGACAUGCUCUGCGCACCUAAACAUUAAAAACAACCAAAUAUGUACAUAUGUAUAUAUUUUAUAUGUAUGUUAUGAGUUUAUACUUUUGAUAUAUUUAAUGAAUGAAAAUAAACGUAGGCGAACAAUUGAAGUGCUAUCUA